UGCACUCCUUGAAGAAGGCACUCAGAGGGAUUUAACUUUCCUCUUAGUGAGCUCUCCUGCUCUGGAUCUCUCUGUCUCAUCCUGCUCUUUCUCUCUCUAAACCUCACCCCUUCAUAGACGACAGCAGCCAUGUCUUCAAUCAAAACCACUACUUACAGCGUCAGCGGUGGAAGCAUGAGUGGCGGCAUGGGUGGAGGUAUCAGGAAGAGCUUCUCUAGCAUGUCUGCCAGCGCAGCACCCAUUGGCAGCAGGAUGAGCUCUGUUUCAUUCCGUCGCUCCGGCGGUGGCGGUGGCGGUGGCGGUAGUGGCUUUGGCGGAGGAUCUGGAGCAAGCUACAGCUACAGCAUUGGCGGCGGUGGCUAUGGAGGAGGUCUCGGAGGAGGUUACGGAGGAGGUCUCGGAGGAGGUUAUGGCGGUGGUGCAGGAUUCGGCGGUGGUGCAGGAUUCGGCGGUGGUUCAGGAUUCGGCGGUGGUGCAGGAUUCGGUGGUGGUGCAGGAUUUGGUCUAGGUGGAGGGUACCCUGGUGGUAUGGCACCCAUCACAGCUGUCACAGUCAACCAGAGCCUCUUAGCCCCACUGAACCUAGAAAUCGACCCCAACAUCCAAGUUGUCCGCACCCAGGAGAAAGAGCAGAUCAAGAACCUCAACAACCGCUUUGCUUCCUUCAUUGACAAGGUGCGCUUCCUGGAACAGCAGAACAAAGUACUCGAGACAAAAUGGAGUUUACUGCAGGACCAGACCACUACCCGCUCCAACAUCGACGCCAUGUUCGAGGCCUACAUCGCCAACCUGCGCAGACAGCUUGACGGACUUGGUAAUGAGAAGAUGAAGCUAGAAGGAGAGCUAAACAACAUGCAGAACUUGGUAGAAGACUUCAAGAACAAAUAUGAGGAUGAAAUCAACAAGCGUGCCUCAGUGGAAAAUGAAUUUGUCCUGCUCAAGAAGGAUGUUGAUGCCGCCUACAUGAACAAAGUUGAGCUUGAGGCCAAGGUUGAUUCUCUUCAAGAUGAAAUCAACUUCCUCAGGGCCAUCUUUGAAGAGGAGCUGCGUGAUCUCCAGGGACAGAUCAAAGACACAUCAGUCAUUGUGGAAAUGGACAACAGUCGCAACCUGGACAUGGAUUCCAUCGUUGCUGAGGUCCGUGCACAGUAUGAGGACAUCGCCAACCGCAGCCGCGCUGAGGCUGAGUCGUGGUACAAACAGAAAUUCGAGGAGAUGCAGUCAUCUGCCGGCAAACACGGAGACGACCUUCGCAGCACCAAACAGGAGAUUGCAGAGCUCAACCGCAUGAUCAGCAGACUUCAGAAUGAAAUUGAAGCUGUCAAGGGACAACGUGCCAACCUGGAAGCUCAGAUCGCUGAGGCUGAGGAGCGUGGAGAACUGGCAGUGAAGGAUGCCAAGCUCCGCAUUAAGGAACUGGAAGAAGCCCUGCAAAGAGCAAAGCAGGAUAUGGCGCGCCAGGUGCGUGAGUACCAGGAGCUCAUGAAUGUCAAACUGGCCUUGGACAUUGAGAUUGCCACCUACAGGAAACUUCUGGAAGGAGAGGAGAGCAGGAUUGCUUCUGGUGGUGGCUCUGCAACUAUCCACAUCCAGGAGUCAAGCAGCAGCGGUGGUGGCGGCGGCGGCGGCGGCGGCGGCUUCGGAUUCGGUGGUGGUGCCGGAUACGGUGGUGGUUCUGGAUACGGUGGUGGUUCUGGAUACGGUGGUGGUUCUGGAUAUGGUGGUGGUGCCGGAUAUGGUGGUGGCAGUGGCUUCAGCAGUGGCAGCGGCUAUGGAUAUGGUGGUGGCUCAGGGAUGUCCAUCGGCGGCGGUGGUGGCGGCAGCAGCCAAGUCUCAAUUUCCCGCUCUGUGGUGCAGAGCCAGAAGCGCCGCUUGUAAACCAAAAACUUCCACCCAGUUACCCACUCCCAAAUAUCAUCCACCACCUGGGCAACUCCUACCUUUUUCACUCCACAUUUCAAUGCUUCUUACCUUUUUGAUGAAUUUAAGCCCCAAAAACCACUGUCACCCAAAGAGACUUUCAUGUCAAAGUGUUAUAUCAGAAUGGCUUUUCACACUCACUGUGUUGUCUUUGAUUUUAGUUUUUGCCUCUUGGCAUCACUCCUCAUCCAGAGUACAAAUUGUCCUUGAGUGGAUGCACAAUGAGAAAUGAGCUAAUGAGACAGACAAAGCAUGGAGCUCAAGUACUUCUUCAGGGUGAAUAGCUUUUGUUGCUCUAUGUCACGACAUGCAAGAAUUAAACACACAAAAUUAAUUCUUUUUCAGCUGACUCAGAAUUCUGCGUCACUACAACCAGCAUUGUUAAUGCUUCUGCUGCAUACUCAUAGUGCAACAAAAUCUACUCAAUUGAGAUUGUACUGCCCUCAGAGAGGGGUAACUGUGAGGCAAAUCUCAGUUAUUACCCAACUUUUACUCUUUCCUUUUCCUGAUUUUGGAUGAUGGGCUGAUGAGCUGUUCUUACGUCAAAAUUUUUGUAUUCAUCAAGCCAUGUACCACUUGGAAACACCAAUAAAUCAGGGUUACAU